CAUUUUAGAACAUGGCAACGGCAACAACGCCGAUUUUCGUCAAGCUACAGGAUCAGUUAACGUGUAGAAAGUGUCACAAUCUCUACACUAACCCCAAGACACUCUCUUGCCACCAUUCAUUCUGUCAGGAGUGUAUUGAGGGAUUAGCUACCAUCCCUACCUUCUCUGUGGCCUGUCCUACCUGUCAUCAACACACUGAGCUACCAGACCAUGCUGGAGCUGCUGGUUUAUCACUUUCAACCAAUGUACAAGAAUUUAAGAAGAUCUACAAUGAACUAUCAUCCGGUGAAGUAAAGUGUGACAACUGCUCUAAUGCCCACCCUGCUGUAUAUUGUCAGGAAUGUAAUAGGUACCUUUGUAAUGAGUGUGUUAGUACACAUAAUAAAUGGUCGCCUUUUUCUGGUCAUACAGUAAAUAAGUUAAGUGACGUAAAAGCUCCUACAUCACCACUCGAUGGAGAAGUAGAGUUGCAGAUUAGAAAUGCAUUUUCUGCUGCUGAAAUAAGAGAUCAAGGAGAGAGAGUGAAAGAGGAAAUGAUGGGAUUCACUCAAACUCUUAUGGCUGGUAUUCAAGAGGAGUUCACAAGAAAGUUAGAAGAAUUGGUGCAGAUGAGGCUGCAAAAUCAUAGAGAAGGUCGUAAUACUUCUUAUCUAGUCUGGCCACGCGAGACAGCUUCAUAUCAUGAUCAUGAUGAUAUUCUGUUUAUUAAAAAUAGCAGCAAAGAAUUUACCAUAAGUCAACAUGUUGGUAAUGUUAUGUCUCGUGUUGAUUUAGCUCAAUGUAGAGUGAAAGAAAUAGUUACCAUUACACAUAUCCCAGAAGACAGAGAAGUGUCAUUUAGGCUAUCCAUAGAAGUGUCAGACUAUGAAAAGUCCCUUUUGAUUGUUCCCACUUCCUCUAUAUUCAUUGGAUUUAAGUCACAGGCUGCAUCCUCUCCAGUUAUUAAAGCUAGAGUGAUCUCUACUGAUAAACCAGGAGUGUACCAGGUUAUAUGUACUCCUGUUAUUAGAGGACGUCAUCAAGUUAACGUGAGAGUAUCUGAUGUUUCACUUCAAGGCACUUCUUUGCUCAUCCCUUUCAAUCCUUAUAGCUACCUGUUUCGUGUAACUCCAGCCCGCACUAUAUAUGAUCUUGAUCGUCCAAGUGGAGUUGCUGUACACAAUGAUGGUCGUAUUAUAGUAUCAGAGUAUAGUCCUGACCUUGUUAGUAUACUGAGUAAAGAAGGAAAGAAGUUAAAAUCAUUUGGUAAAGGAGUGAACGCUAUUUCAUUUUCUUAUAAUCAUGGUAUUGCCAUCACUAAGGAUGGUUCUAUUUUAAUUGCUGAUUCUAACAAUCACAGGAUACAGAAGAUAAGUAUGAAUGGUAUUCCUGCUGCAUCUUUUCCAAUUGGCAGGUCAGGUACUGGAGUGUUGGAGUUCAAGUAUCCAACUGGUAUUGCUGUUUCACCUAUAAAGAAUCGUGUAUACAUUGCUGAUAGUAAAAACCAUCGUGUACAAGUUCUUAAUUCUGACUUAACGUUUUGUCGUAUAUUUGGUAGAAGUGGAACAAGCAGUGGAGAAUUUAAUGCUCCCCUCGAUAUUGCUAUUGACAGUGAAGGUUUAGUGUAUGUCACUGAUCAGUAUAAUCAUCGUGUUCAAAAGUUCAAUCCAGAUGGAGUGUAUAUGUGUCAGUUUGGAAGUGAGGGUUCUGGCUCCGGACAGCUAAAGCAGCCAGCUGGUAUUGCAGUGGAUAAUGCUGGCCUAGUGUAUGUUACUGAAUAUGGUAAUCAUUGUGUCUCAAUCUUCACUAGUGAUGGUUCGUUUGUGCGUAGUUUUGGAGAAUAUGGCAUCAAUGAAGAUCAAUUUAAGAAUCCAUAUGUUGGGAUAUGUUUUGACAGUGAUGGAUAUUUGUAUAUUUGUGACUAUUAUAACAGCAGAAUAGUUGUGUAUUAGACUUUGUGAGACUCAACUUAGAUUAGUAAUAGUUUUAAUUUACUGCAUGUACGUGCUGCUAAAUAUUAAUUUUUUUUGAUUUAAUGUAGUAUCUAUCUAUCUAUGCUA